AACAAUCAUUAAAGGCUGGCAUAUAAAAAAUAACUCGAUGAUAAUAAAACCGUCAAAAAUGAAAAUGUCUCAGCCAUGCCUGGAAUGACAGGUCAACACGCUAUUUUUACCAGCGCGCUCUGGUAUAUCGAGUUUGUAAUAUUUGUUAUUUUAUUUAUAUUGUUUUUCAAUUUGUUCCUUUAUAUGGCUGGAUUAAAUUACCCAAAGUAUAAUCCUAUGUACGAUUACUCGAAAAAAUAUUUGGCCGACGGUACGUGGCUAAUACGUAAUUAACAUAAUACAUCAGCAGAAGAAAUGAGUCUGUUGCUGGACCAUGGAAACCUGGAAGUAAAAGUUAAGGAGUAAUGUUAGAUAUGAAAGAGCGGCCGGUCUGCUGCGACGAGAGCUGCUGGUGGUUUUGUGCACUGCUGUGUGCGACGUUGACCGUCAUCAUGGUACUCGUUGGAUUCUGGCUCGUUUUUAGAUAGAGAUCCCGCGCGAGUCACCUCGAAAGAAUGCCCGAUAUGAGAGCUAAAAAAAUUAUGACAACGUGGAUGCCACAACAGAAAUGCCUAGUGGUAAACCUAGAUAAGAUGGCUGGAUUGUGUGAAAGAAGAUCUUGGGAGGAUGAGGAAGUAUACCAACAGGAGGAAGGUUGCCAAGGAUCACGACAACUAGAGGAAGAUAGUGGAGGAGGCCAAGACCCACAAAGGGUUGUAGCGCCAUCGGUAGUAAGUAACUGCCGGUUAUCACGGAAGCAAUAUUCUUGAUCGAAGCAGCCGAUUGAGAAGGUGAGAAGCGUGUGCAGACCCAUUUGCCUAAUUACAGAAUUAAAAUCGAACGCUUCAAUUGGAACUACUUGAAGAGUAGGUGUAUUUGACACGAUAUACGGAAUUUUAGCAAUCCUACAGGCGAAUUGUACCACAUUUGGGAGGAGAUAUUUUAGAAAACAUUAAACAUGAAGUACUCGAAGGACCUGAUCAUCGCAUGCAUGCUGAUUGGUAUGGUUGUGCGCAGUCAUGCCGCACCAUCUUCAAGAAGAUCGCGAGCUGCCGCGCUUCCAGAAGCAACGAGCAGCCGCCAGAGCAAACUCACAGAAGAAUACAAAGAAGAUGGCACAACAGCAUCGCCUGCACCACCCACAAACAGGAGAAACAAAGCGCUGAAUCUCUUUGGUUACUUCCCAUCCUUUCUGUCAUCAGGUCUAGAUUAUAACGAAGAUGAUGACGAUGACGUUACUUUUGCCGUCAACGACGACCAUUUCGAUGAAGACGAUUUGUCUCGAACCAUCCCUUCAAGACGUCGACAGCAGAAUAAGAAGAAAAACGGCAACGGGGAUAAUUAUCAAAACGAUAACUUAAAUUCACUUCAAUAUGACAACUCCCCCAUUUUCUACAUCAGACUGCCUCCGACUCCGUAUAUGUUCGUACCCGGUCUCGGUUACGUUUCUCAGCCUCCUAACCUAGGGCCUCCUAUGGGACCGCCGAUGCCUCAGAGUGUGCCUCAAGUAGAUCCCUUCAUAAACCUGCCUUUAGACUUCGUAUCAAACGGGAAACCUACAGGCGUAUAUCAAUGGGGCAACACUGGUGGGUAUCCUCAAAUGCCUCAGGUACCACAAAUGCCUCAGAUGCCUCAAAUGGAUCCAUUCGGUUACGGCGGGCAGCCGAUGAUGCAACCAAUGCAGCGGCCUAGCUACAACAACGUAGCUUCCUAUUCCAAGCCCAAGCCUAAACCGACGCCUACUAAUUCUAAAGUCACUAAUCUUAAAGGUCAAUACGUUUUUAAUGGAAAACCUAAUGACAGCGUCUACGUUUUGCGGGACACGUAUAACUCCAUAUACUCAGAUGCGCUCCAAAAUUUCUAUCCUUAAAGAGAAUCUGGUAUAGCUGGAAAGUAUUAAGCUGGCUCGUAUCGAGCUGAACGUGUUUUCAAUUUCAAACAAAUGCAAUGAAAUGUGUGAAGUCAGUGCGACUUUUGGUAAAUUUAAUUAAUAACGCUAUAUCCAGUCAAUGAAACACAAAUCCGGUUUCAUGAAAAGCAUUAGAGUGUAGAUUUCAUUUCCUUUCUCAAAUUAUGUCGCUAAUAAAAUUAAUUAAAAAUACAAAUCAGUGGUUCAAUUGGUUCAUUUUCUCUAAUUCUGAUAACUAUGGCGAUUGCCAACGCAAAAGAAUAUCAGGAUUUUGUUUUUGACUUUUUAGUGAAAAAUUACACAAUAAAAUUGUCGCCUGGUUGAGAAAAUCUUUAGAACCAGCGAUUUGAUUGAUUUACCUAAUCAACGCCAGUCAACGGUAAGCAUAACGUUGCGACCAAUUAAAGAAAAUUUAUAUACCUACGAAGUACAACCUUAAUAUUACGACAAAAAAGUCGAGUAGAAGAACAUACUAAGACGUCUACCCUAAGUCUGAACCACGACUUAGCGAUGUGCCUACUUAGUAGGACCUUGGCAGUACCCGGCAUGUAGUGUAGUGUAGGUGUAGACGGACUCUAGGUAUUUUUUGUUAAAUUGGCCUCAUCGAUAUUUUGUCAAUGACUGUAGCUAAUUAAUAAUUUCAUAAGAAUACAAAUCUGCACUGAAAAUAGCAACAAUAGCCGGUUAAACAAAUUUGUCAGUAGAAAAAGGCGCGAAUCUCAAUUUUUCUAUUGGACGAUAACCCUGCGCACUUUUUUGCACAGAAAUUUGCCGCUCUUUUCAUCUUUUCUACUGACGGAAAUGGCUUGACCGACUAUACCUUAAGUCAUUUUACUGUUGGGUUUAAAAUACUCAUGAUAAGUAGAUACUCUGACAACUUAGCCUGUGGAUAUUUAAUGUGAUUAAUGAUAAUUUUUAAUUUGUCUUAUAAGUAGCUAGACUUUUUAAUUAAUUUAUAUUACCUUAAUAAGCUAUGUUUAUGUAUAUCAAAUGUAUCAUUUUUCAACGAUUUCCGUCCAAGUUUCGACUGUAAAGCAGGUACCUAUUUCGAAAACCACUUAAAUUUUCAUAUUAAUAAUAAUAAUAUAAUAUGACAUUUCGAAAGUAUGUUUUUAAAUAAGUUAAAAGCAAAAAGUAUAUAAAGCCGGAGUGCUGCAAUUUAAUUUAGAAAAAUAGGUAACUGUUAUAAAAAUCAUUAGAAGAAAUGAGAUUAUUAUUCCAAUUUAAAAAUUGUUGAUUGAGUACCUUAGUGAAUAAUUUGCCCACAAAUACGUCGACAAAUAAUAUUUGUUGCAUACCUACCUAUAUCUUGGUUGGAAAGAGUGGAUCUACUCGCCUGACAUAGGUAUAGGGUCUACCACCAACAUCGAAAAAUCGAAAAACGUUCUCUGCCUCACAUAUGUAAGACCGAUAGGGAGGCAAAUAACGAUUCUCGAUUUUUCUAUGAUAGCGGUAGGCCUUCUAGCAUGAGCUAUGAAACUUAAGAGGCUGUCAAUACCUAAAGCGCGUACACUGUCUAUUUGUAUCGGAGUAAAUGAGAUAGCACUGUCGCAUGUUACUGGGCCUGGGCAAGGGAAUAAUAAGAAAAAUAUUUAAAUAAAAAAAACUGGAUUAUUAGUGUAAUAUUUUACUCAACAGCGGUUUAGAUAUAAAUGUUUUGAAAUUGUGAUUUUAAUUGCAGACCCAUAAGUCAAAACAAUAAAGACAUAGAACCGUUUAAUUGUGAUUUUAAGACCAAUCUUUGCAAUUAUUUUCUAUCGAGCCGAUUUCGUUCAAUCAUGUAUCGAGUACAACCACGGUCUUUGAAAUAUAAUUAAUAUGAACAUUUUUUUUACUCGACUAAAACAAAUAGUCUUUCUUAAAAAACUGUUUAAGUAACAUCAAUUUCAAGGACAUUGGGUGUUGACAGCCUCUUAAAUGUGAAACUUACGGAUCCCAAAACAAAGAGAUCAGGGUUCUCGUUUUUAAAUACACGUGUAUGAUUCGUCUAAGUACGUAUAGAAAAUAUUGUAAUAAUUCUUUGACAACAAAUUUUUGGACAACCCUGAGCCUGUUGAUCUCUUUCGUAUACGCAUGUAUCAGUGUCUCCGAACUCAUUCACAUAUGACAGAAAAAUACUAUACUAAGUAUAUAUAAUUGUCACUACGCUAGCUAUUUAUGGUUAAAACCCCUAGAUCUAAUUCGACAUUAAGUAGGUAACUUCUUAAGUCAAUCUAUCUUAUAAUCACAAGGCCAGAGCACUUCGGCAGCAUGUGCGUAUACAUGCGCGUGCGCUUAAGAGAAAAGGAGACGGCAGCUAUUCCAAAUAAACGUAGUGUCCAUUUUCCUCUCUGGAUAUUGACAUUAUGGAAUUUAAAAAAAUAUAUUUGAUGUAUAUUAACCAUAGCCAUGCCCCUACGUUUGACUUUUGUCGAUUUUUUGAUUAUUGUAAAAAUUAGGAGCGAAAAACAGAUUUCAUGCAAAUUUUUAAAUGCUUCUAUUUCUCAUAAUAAUUAAAAAUUCAAAAAAAAUCAAACGUAAGGGCAUUGCUGUGGUUAAUAUACAACAAAUUGUGUCAAAAUAUUUUCAAUAAUAUGAAUAUCUAGAAAAUGAGGACUACGUUUGUAUGAAAUGACUUUUUUCGUCUUAAAUGUUGAAGCCGUGCACACACGUCACGCUUUGGUGUGCUUUCUUUUAUUGGGGUCUGUAUAUUACAACACGUGCGUGUAUGUCCAUGCACACGCAUCCGGUGUGCACAGCCCUUUUUAGAUUUAAAGUAUUUUGCUCAUCAACUAUUUAUUUAUAUCUGUAGUCGAUUAGUUUUUAUAUUAAUGUAGGUACAAAUUAAGAUCCAGUUUGCCGUCCACUUUAGGUUAAGGUUUUAGAUAGGUAUUUCAUAAUGAUUAGUUUACAUUUUGAAAAGUACAUGAGAGAAUUACAUUUUUCACGAUAAAAAAUAUAUUUUUGUAAUAUACUUCUUAAACUAUAACAAUGCAAGCUAAAUAUGGCUAAUAAUGUAUGUAACUAAUAAUAAAUGAAAUAUGUUUACAAGCUAAACAUAAUUUUAGUUAUUAAAUUACAAAUAAAAAAAUGUAUAUAGGUAAAUAUUUAUUAUUUAAAUUAAGUAUCUACCUAUGAGUUCUGAGGAUAGUUAUUUUUAUGAAAGCAUUUUGAAAUUGCUUUAAAUUAAAUUCGAUAUAAGUAGGUAGGUAGGUAGAUAAUAUUAAAAAAAAAUCGACAUAGCUAAUGCAGCUUAUGAAGCGAUAGAUCUUCGCGUGAAGUUGACGUUGAAGUAAUUGUAACACAAACGAUACAAACGACUAUAAUGUUUAGAUGAUUAAAUGACUUGAUUAAAAUUAA